AUGGAUCUUCCGUCAGCAAGCUUCUCUUUUUACCUCCCAUCUGUUUAUGAUGGCAACAAACUCGAAUGUCGCAUUUAUCUCCCAUCCGCGCUCCAAAAUAUAGAAUCAGCAUCAACGUGGCCCAGCCGCGGUGCCAUUGUCGCGCAUCCGUACGCAACUCUGGGAGGAUGCUACGAUGAUCCAGUCGUCAGUUUCAUUGGCAGUGAACUUCUGCAAGCCGGCUGCAUCGUGGGGACCUUCAACUUUCGUGGAGCUGGCCACUCCGAAGGACGAACAAGCUGGACUGCAAAGCCCGAGCUUGGUGAUUAUGUGUCGUUCUACGGAUUCAUGUUGCAAUAUCUGCACUUCCUCAAGCUCGCAUUGGCCCGGGGUGAGCAAGUACACUCGAAGCCUUGCAAAGCCACCGACGGGGUAAAAAGUUGCCCAGAUAUCCGUCUCAUUAUUGGUGGCUAUUCGUAUGGGUCUUUGAUUGCCUCACAUGUACCGACCCUGGAUACUAUGCUGGACCUUUUCCAAUCCGCGCCAACGACAACCUCUACAAACAAAGCAACACCCAUACACGAGAUUAGGAGCACAGCAAAACGGAUAGUCGCAUUGUCCCUGGAGCAACUUCUACUGAGUCACAAUCUGGCCGACGCUCCAGGCCUCGGUGCAUUGACAACAUCCAUCUCCUAUCUCCUCGUGUGUCCGCUAUUACCCCCGAUUAGCCAAUUCCUAACUGUGUUCUCGACCUUAUCACUGAAUGUGAAAAAGGAGACUCCUAAAGGACCCCACAUCCCCUGCCCGCGUCCAGCAGACCAGCAGAGCACGCACCAUACCCUGGCGCUGUUUGGGAACCAGGACACCUUCACAUCUGCUGAGAAACUGCGGAGGUGGUCAGAUGAGAUGGUGCACAUGCCACGCAGUCAGUUCCAGUUUCGGAUGAUUGAUGGCGCGGGCCACUUCUGGCGCGAGAAUGGGGUCGAAGUGCAGGCAAGACAUGCGCUGAAGGAGUGGCUCUGUCAGAUAUGA